AUUGGAUAUUGUAAGGUCAUGCUCCCCCUUAACUUGUUGUUUCUUAGUCGAAUCCGACCAGUUUGUAGCCUUGUCAAUUUGACUACAGCAAGCUCCCUGCAAGAUUGGAUUCGAAGUAGUACUCCGAGAAAACCUACACGUUUCAAGUUACACAAGGCUUUCACGGUUCUUGAAAAUGAGUUUUUGGAGUUAAAUCAGCCGAAACUCUUUUCACUGCCACAGAAUAGUACUUUUCUGCAUCAGAGUAUCUAUGAUGCAGUUAAUACUUCCAUAUCUGAAAAUGGUUCUCAGUACUUUGCUGUCGUAGCUAUUGCAGGAAAGCAGUUCAAAGUAACUAACAACGACUUAAUUAUGGUCAAAACACCGUUUUAUGGAACUGAUGUUGGUGAUCGUGUUCAAUUGCAGAAGGUUUUACUUUUGGGAUCAUCAGACUUCACUAUCAUCGGUCGACCAAUUUUACCAGUGCAUCAGGUGUUUAUUGAGGCUGUAGUCAUUGAAAAAACUCUUGAACAUCCAAAAGUGUGGUACCAAUUCCAUCGUCGCCGUAGACAUCACAAACUCCGAGGUAAAUAAGUAUUUUCUUUUCACGUUAUUUUUAGUAUUCCAAGAAAAUGUUACUAUCCUUCGGAUUAUUGACGUUCGUCCUAAUUUAUUAAAAACUUAACUGAAUUCUUGUAUAUAUGUUUAAUUUAAGAAUUUCGGCUGUUAUAUACCUUCAAAAAUACGAUUUUUGCAACUUUUCUUCAGUUUGGGUAUUUCAGAGUGUAAUCUAAUACAGUACUCAAAAAGUUUAUAAUCUCUAAAUCGUUUCCGAGUUCGUCGCUUCUUUUACUCUUUCGAAAAAAUGUAUUUCGGUCAUGACAAACGUGCAGAAAAAUAAUCUCAAACUUUAGUUCUAUUGUAUAAUAAGCUAUUUAGCUUAAUGUAUCAUGAAAAGAUUGAUUUCAUACACGUUUGUACUUUUUGAGUUUCACAAGAAGUGUAAAGUUGAAAACUGUCACGUUUGCCUUGUUACUUUAGAAUUGCAACACUUUUCAUCCUAGG